AUGCGCGUCUUCCGCAAGCACGAAUUGACAGAGUAUCUCGUUAGCGUCGGCGAAGCUCUCAUCGAUGCGAUCGACGAACUUAUCAACCAAGGGCGCAUUGAGCCCCAGCUCGCCAUGAAGAUCCUUUCGAAUUUCGAUAGGGCGAUCGCUGAGAAUCUGGCAGCCAACGUCAAGAGUAGACUCAACUUCAAAGGCCACCUCGAGACCUACCGCUUCUGCGACGAUGUCUGGACAUUCCUUGUCAAAGACGUCAAGUUCAAGUCUGAAGGUGGCAACGAAUUCACGGCUGAUAAGGUCAAGAUUGUAUCGUGCAAUUCUAAGAAACCGGGCGAGCAGUGA